GAAGUACAAAGUUUGUCCGCUGCGGGGCACCGUAGUGGCUUUACCCAGGGCGGAGCGGGCUGAGCUGGGCUGGGCGCUGGAGCCCAGUUCAGCUUUGGAGACCCCGAUGGCUGCGGUGUUUUUGGUAACGCUCUACGAGUACUCGCCGCUUUUCUACAUCGCGGUGGUCUUUACCUGCUUCAUCGUGACCACCGGCCUGGUAUUGGGAUGGUUUGGUUGGGAUGUUCCAGUAAUUCUGAGAAAUUCUGAAGAGACCCAGUUCAAAACAAGAGUUUUCAAAAAGCAAAUGAGACAAGUCAAGAAUCCUUUUGGCUUAGAGAUCGCUAAUCCAUCUUCAGCUUCGAUUUCAACUGGCAUAACUUUGACAACAGAUUGCCUUGAAGAUAGCCUCCUCACAUGCUACUGGGGGUGCAGUGUUCAAAAAUUGUACGAGGCUCUGCAGAAGCACGUUUAUUGCUUCCGAAUAAGCACUCCCCAAGCACUGGAAGAUGCUUUGUAUAGCGAAUAUCUCCAUCGAGAACAGUAUUUUAUUAAAAAGGACAGCAAAGAAGAAAUAUAUUGCCAGUUACCAAAGGAUACUAACAUUGAAGACUUUGGGACAGUGCCCAGAUCUCGCUAUCCAUUGGUAGCACUGUUGACCCUGGCUGAUGAGGAUGACCGGGAAAUUUAUGAUAUUAUUUCCAUGGUGUCAGUAAUUCAUAUUCCUGAUAAAACUUAUAAACUGUCCUGUAGAAUAUUAUGUCAAUAUUUACUCCCGACUCAAGGUCAAUUUCAUGAUCUUAAGCAACUUUUCAUGUCUGCAAAUAAUAAUGCCACUCCUUCCAGCAAUUCCUCUCCAGAAGGUGAAAGCACAGACCGCAGCUUGUUGGAAAAGGCUGGACUUUCUGAAAGUGAAGUAGAGCCUCCGGAGGAGAGUAGCAAGGACUGCGUUGUUUGCCAGAACGGGACCGUGAACUGGGUGCUGCUGCCCUGCAGGCACACGUGCUUGUGCGACGGCUGUGUGAGGUAUUUCCAGCGGUGCCCCAUGUGCAGGCAGUUCGUUCAGGAGUCGUUUGCACUUCGCAGUCAGAAGGAGCAAGAUAAAGACAAACUGAAAACUCUCUGAGGAUGUUGUUGCAACUGAAAAGUACAAUUACCACUCAAGAUGCAGAAAUUUGGUUCUUGGAAUUAAUCAUAACAUGGAAUGUACGGUGUUGACUGUCAAUGACAAUUCUAUUUUAACUUCAUAUUUGUACGGUACCUGGAUGAUGAAACUUAAUUAUUCCGUCCUGUUCCAUAUGGUAAAUGCUGGAAUACCAUCUGUGUUAUACAUAAAAAUGCAUUCAGCUCUUGAGAAGAAAGCAAAUGUCUGGCCUUUUAUCAGCUAUGGGAUAUCAUGUAAUAUUAAUUAGAAAAUUUCCAAAAAAGCAAUCCAUCUAAAAUUUGAGUAAGUAAAAGUCUUUUUCUGAAUGUU